CGUCAAAAAUAUUGUUCAUUAUUGGUGUUGUUCAUUCUUAAACAUUUUGACGCUAUAAACUUUAGAUCUAUAAUUUUAUACAUAUACAUAUAUAAUAAAUUAUUGUCCCACUUUGUUUUGGGGAAAGGACUUAACAAUACCAAGAUGUCGUCAUCUGUUCAUUGUCAAUUAUGGAUGGGUAGUUUGGAGCCGUACAUGACGGAAAAUUUCAUAAUAGCUGCUUUUCGUAAAAUGGGUGAGGAGCCAACAACAGUCCGACUAAUGAGGAACAAAUAUACUGGUGAACCGGCUGGUUACUGCUUUGUUAAUUUUGCGACCGACGAGAGUGCAAUGGAUGCUAUGCAUAAACUAAAUGGUAAACCCAUUCCUGGAACUAAUCCGAUUGUUCGUUUUCGAUUAAAUAGCGCAAGUAAUUCAUAUAAACUUCCUGGAAACGAGCGAGAAUUCAGUGUAUGGGUUGGAGAUUUAAGCUCAGAUGUCGAUGAUUAUCAACUUUAUAAGGUGUUUUCAACAAAAUAUACCUCUAUAAAAACUGCCAAAGUAAUUUUGGAUAGUUCUGGGUUUUCGAAAGGCUACGGGUUCGUACGAUUCGGCAUCGAGGACGAACAAAAGUCGGCAUUGUAUGAUAUGAAUGGAUACAUUGGUUUAGGAACUAAACCAAUAAAAAUUUGUAAUGCUGUGCCAAAACCAAAGAAUGAAUUAGGCGUUGCACUUGGUACAACUAGUAAUUAUGGUUAUGGUGGUGUUGGUAUUACUGGGACAUCGACCACAACAGCGACAACUGCGGACUAUUCUCAAUACUAUGAUCCUACUAGCACUUAUUGGCAGAACUAUAAUUCUUGGCAAGGAUAUUAUGAUCAGAGUGGAGCAGGAGCUAUAUCAGAUCCCAACAGUGCAUACUAUCAACAAUCAAUAGCACAGUCCCAUGCCAAUCCACAAACACUGGCUCAACAUGCAGAGGCAUGGAGUGCUCAGCGUGCAGCACAAUAUGAACAACAAGCAGCAGCUACAGCGGCUGCUAAUAAUACAACUAAUGUUGGUGAAGACGAUGAUUACGCUUUAGUGGAACACAAGUAUACAUUGGAUAUAGACAAGUUAAAUCGGGAGACAUUAGAUGCAGAUCGUCUGUUAUAUGACGCUCUAGAGAGUUCAAAAUGGCUCCCACUUGAACAGCUGGAAACAUAUUGAUUUUUAAAGACAUACAAAAAUUUUACAUUUCUUAAGAAAUAAAUUUGCAUACAUCUGAUUCGAUUAAAAAAUAAAAAAAAAAAAAC